AUGCGAUCCCGGUCUGUACAACGCACCAAUCUCGCGUACGUGGGGACGGGUCCUCCGGGGCAAGCUCCCCCAGGCUAUCAGAGCUAUCCCGCGCCCGGCCCUGGCCCUAAUGGCUACUACAACCCCACCCAGGGAUAUGCCCCCCAGUAUCCUCCCGCAUCGUACAAUGGGCAGAGCCCGUAUCCUUCGCCUAAUCCACCGCCAGGCAAUCUACCACAGUAUGCACCACCUCCUGGCCCGCCUUCGGCUCAACAAGGUUAUGCACCUCCUCCGGGUCCACCUCCGUUCCAAGGCGGUCCGCCGCAAUACGCCCCUCCUCCUGGUCCCCCUCCGGCCACUGAGCAUAAGCAGGCGAUGUGA